AUGAAGACGGGCAACAAGAUCAACCAGAUUGUCCGUCUCAAGCAAGUAGUCCAACGCUGGCGUCGCCGCAUCCCCUCAUCCGGGUCCCUAGCCGUCUACGUAGGCCCCGAACACAAGCGCUUCGUCAUCCCCACCCGCUUCCUCAACCUCCCGGUAUUCGUCUCGUUGCUUAACAAAGCUGAAGAAGAAUUCGGGUUCCAGACCACUGGAGGCCUUGUUAUUCCAUGCGACGUCGUUUUUUUUAAAAAGUUGGUGGAUGUUUUGGAAAGAGAUGAACGUGGAUUUGGUACGUUGGAUUUGGAUGAGUUUGUGGAAAUGUUCUCUGAUCUCACCGUUGAUUCCGGUUCUUGUAAAAAUGCUACAAUUUCAGAUUCUCGUAUCUUUACUCCUUUGUUGCAGAAAACUAAGGUUUGA